AUGGAUGAAAUCAGUGAUGGAAAAAGAGAUCCAAAUGAAGAUACAGAAUGGAAUGAAAUUUUAAGAGAUUUUGGCAUUCUUCCUCCAAAAGAAGAGCCAAAAGAUGAAAUUGAAGAAAUGGUUUUACGUUUACAGAAAGAAGCAAUGGUUAAACCAUAUGAAAAGAUGACUCUUGCACAGUUAAAGGAAGCUGAAGAUGAAUUUGAUGAAGAAGAUAUGAGAGCUAUUGAAAUAUAUAGAGAAAAGCGGUUACAGGACUGGAAAGCUCUUAGGAAAAAACAAAAAUUUGGGGAAUUAAGAGAAAUUUCUGGAAAUCAGUACGUGAAUGAAGUCACAAAUGCAGAAAAAGAUGUAUCAGUUAUAAUUCAUUUAUACAGAUCAAGCAUCCCAAUGUGCUUGUUGGUUAACCAGCAUCUUAGUCUCCUGGCAAGAAAGUUUCCAGAAACUAAAUUUGUUAAAGCCAUCGUGAAUAGCUGUAUUCAACACUACCAUGACAAUUGUUUACCAACAAUUUUUGUUUAUAAAAACGGUCAGAUAGAAGGCAAAUUCAUUGGAAUUAUAGAAUGUGGAGGGAUAAAUCUCAAGCUGGAAGAACUUGAAUGGAAACUAGCAGAAGUUGGAGCAAUACAGACUGAUUUAGAAGAAAACCCCAAAAAAGACAUUGUAGAUGUGAUGGUAUCUUCAAUUAGAAACACUUCUAUUUAUGAUGACACUAAUAGUUCAAACAGUGAUAAUGAUGAUACCAAAUAG